AUGAAGAUUAAAACUAUCAGUAGAUCCGCUGAUAAUUAUGUUCCUGUAAGGAAUACUCAAGAAUCAUCAUUACCUAGAAACUUGAAUCCAGCAUUACAUCCUUUCGAAAGAGCAAGAGAAUAUACAAAAGCAUUGAAUGCUACUAAAUUAGAAAAAAUCUUUGCUCAACCAUUUAUUGGACAAUUAGGUGAUGGUCAUAGAGAUGGUAUUUAUUCUAUUGCUAAGAAUUUUGAUAGUAUUAAUCAAGUAGCAAGUGGUUCAGGUGAUGGGGUUAUUAAAUAUUGGGAUUUAACUAGUAGAGAUGAAAUUAUAAGUUUCAAAGCUCAUUAUGGUAUGGUUAGUGGAUUAGUUGUUACCCCUAAACAACAUAAUAUGUUAUCAUGUGGUGAUGAUAAGACUAUUAAAUUAUGGUCAGUUAAUUCCAGUGAUUUCGAUAUGAGUAUUAAUGAUGAUGAAUUAUAUGAUAAAAAAGAUAAUGGUUUGGUCAAAACAUUUUUAGGAGAACAUGCCUUUAAAGGUUUAGAUCAUCAUCAAGAUGAAGAAUUAUUCAUAACUGGUGGGUUAUCUAUACAAUUAUGGGACAUGAAUAGAUCUAAUUACAUUUCAAAUUUAUCAUGGGGUGCUGAUAAUAUCAAUACUGUUAAAUUCAAUAAAACCGAAACUAAUUUACUUGCAUCUGCUGGUAGUGAUAAUUCUAUCGUAUUAUAUGAUAUAAGAACAAAUUCUCCUAUACAGAAAGUUGUAACUAAUUUAAGAACCAAUGCCAUUAGUUGGAAUCCUAUGGAAGCUUUUAAUUUUGCCAGUGGAGGUGAUGAUCAUAAUGCUUAUUAUUGGGAUAUGAGGAAUUUGAAAAGAUCAUUAAAUGUUUAUAAAGAUCAUGUUUCUUCAAUCAUGGAUUUAGAUUUCAGUCCUACAGGUGAAGAAUUAGUUACAGGAUCUUACGAUAAAACUUUAAGAAUUUUUAAAACCAGACAAGGACAUUCAAGAGAUAUUUAUCAUACCAAAAGAAUGCAAAGAAUUCAUGUAGUGAAAUUUUCAACUGAUGCUCGUUAUAUUUUGAGUGGGUCAGAUGAUUAUAACAUUAGAUUAUGGAGAACUGUUGCUAAUGAUAGAGCCAAGAUCAAAUCAUCUAGAGAAAGAGCCAAGAUGGAAUAUGAUAAUGUUUUGAAAGAAAGAUUCAAACAUAUGCCAGAAAUCAAAAGAAUUGCUAGACAUCGUCAUUUACCUAAAACCAUUAAGAAAGCUAAAGAAAUUAAAACAGUGGAAAUUAAUGCUUUAAAGAAAAGGGAAGAUAAUAAUAGAAAACAUUCUAAAGCUGGAGCAGUUCCUUAUGUUCCAGAAAGACAAAAGCAUAUUAGAGGUACUUCAAUUAAGGAUGAUUAA